AUGAGAGUAAAUGUUCAAAAAAAUACAAUAGAUAUAUUUGAUAAAUUUUUAAAAUAUGAAAUACUACUUUCAACAACUGAUGAUAAAAAAAUAGUUGAAUUGAACUUAGAAAACAUUAAACAAGAAAUAUCUAAAGCAAAUAUUUAUAAUGAUGGUUCUAAAAUAGUACGUAAAAUUAUUAAGGAAAAACAAGAAAUUCCUAAUGUUGAAAUUUAUAAUGGUGAUUGUUUAAGUCAUGCAUUAGAUUUAAAACAAAAAGGAUACAAUCCAUUAGUGCUAAAUAUGGCCAAUGCUGAUCAUCCUGGUGGAGGUUAUAAAUAUGGUGCAAGAGCUCAGGAAGAAAAUUUAUUUCGUCGUACUAAUUUAUUUCAAUAUCUUGAACCAAGAAGAGAUGAUUGGUAUCCAAUUCCAAUAUUUGAUGGUAUUUAUUGUCCAAAUGCAACUGUAAUCAAAGCUAAUGAACAAGAAGGAUAUCAAUUAUUAGAAAUUCCAGAAACAAUGUCUUUUGUUACGGUUGCAGCAUUAUGUCGACCAGAUCUUGUAGAAGAUCCUGAUAAUUAUGGAGGACCUACUUUAAAAGAUAUGGAUAAAUCAAUAACCAAACAAAAAAUCAGAACAAUUUUAAAUAUUGGAUUGGAUAAUAAUCAUGAUUCAAUUGUUUUGAGUGCAUUUGGUUGUGGAGCAUUCAGCAAUCCUCCAUCAACCAUAGCAAAAUUAUUUCAUGAAGUUAUCAUGAAUGAGUAUUUCGGUAAUGGUGAAAAUUUACCACAAACUUAUAAACAUAUUUCUUUUGCUAUAUUUGAUGACGAUAACUCUAAACAAUGGACAAAUGAAGGAAAUUUUAAACCUUUUCAAAGAUUAUUUGGGAAAGGUUUGGUGAAAGAGGAAGAAGGCUUGAUGAAAAAGGAAGGAAGUUUAAUGAAAGAAGGUGAUGGAUUGGAGAAAGAAGAUGUAUUGGUAGUUAAAGAAGGAGGUGAAUGA